GCGGCCCCGCCCCCCGCAGGCCCCGCCCCCGCGGCGGCCCCUCCUCAGGUGAGGGCCGGCUCCGCCCCGCGCCCAGGUCGAAGCCCGGAAGCCCCGAGGCCCUAGUGACGGGGCUAUGGCGGGCGCGGGGCCGCGGCGGCUGCCCCUUCCACUCCUCUUCCUCGUCGUCUUCCCCCGUAUCCCGCCUGCCGGCGCGGCCCUGCGGCUGCUGCUGAGCGCCGCGCCGCCCUUCACCUGCUCCCAGCCGGAUUUAAACUGCCUUGUAAGAAAUAGUACCUCCAUGGAGGCGAGCUGGCUGCACGUUCCCAUGUGGACUCCUUCUGCUCCAAGCAGUCUUAACGUCUCUUCUGACAUUUUUCGUCAGAUGGAUGGAAAACUGCUCCCCGUGCUUCGGAUAGAAUGGAAAGCGGCUGCUGAUGCUAGCAUCCAGUAUCUCCGAGGGGCAGAACUGGCUGUGAUGCAAGUGAACAGCAAUCAACAGAUCCGUGCCCAGUUUGACUUUCAGAACAACUUGCCACUUCAGGUCCGUCCAGAUGGAGGCUGGUGGAAUUUCACUUUUGACCGUUUUGAAGUGGAACCUGGCCAGACUUACCAAGUGACUGUCUACCACCUGCCUAAACUGGGCGUACGUGGAGACCACAAUAGCAAGUCCACAUCUCUCACAAUGCCUGACUGCAGGGAGACUCUGAUGAAAAGAACCAUCCCGUGUAUAAAGACAGGCAGCUUGUGGGACCCCAGGAUCCAAGGUAAAAGUCUAGAUGAUACAACUCUGCUUGUGAGCUUUAACCCAUGGAUGGAGGCAGCCCGAUAUCAGAUUCAUGUGUCCAGUUUCCUGAAUGAGAAGAAGUGUAAAAUGAUCACACAUGAUUUCACUGAGAGUGGACUACAACAGCAAGUGAAUGUCACGAUCAAAAUAGAGAAGAACAUAAGAGCUUGCUGCAACUACAAAAUACAGAUUCAGCCAUUCUUUGAGAACUGUGACACAGACUGUGUGAGAUACUCUGCUUUCAUCCCAUGUUCACCAGCUCCAACUACAGACCCAUCAGGUGAUAUGAUUAUAUGGCUCUACUGGUGUAUCACGGGGAUCUGUGUGUUACUGGUGGGAUCAGUCAUAGCAGGUGUGAUUUGUAUGACCAAAAAACGAGCAGGACACAGGCGAGGGAAAUGCAACCACAAUGAUUUGCAGACUGGAGCAUCAUAUACUGACCUUCCUCUGCCACCCUUGAAGCCCCGAAAGGUUUGGAUUGUGUACUCUGCUGAUCACCUGCUGUACGUGGAUGUGGUGCUGAAGUUUGCUGAGUUUCUGAUGACGGUGUGUGGCACUGCUGUGGCCUUAGAUCUGCUAGAAGAUCAUCAGAUCUCAGAGUUAGGGCCAUUACCCUGGCUUACUCGACAGAAGAAAGAAAUGGAAGACCUAUCUUCAAAGAUCAUCAUCUUAUGUUCACGGGGCACCCAGGCCAAAUGGCAGGCCAUGCUUGGGAGUGAGCCUGUGUGUCUCAAGCAAGAUCAGCAAAAGCCAACGGGAGACCUGUUCACGCCAGCCUUGAAUUUGAUCCUGCCAGAUUUCAAGAAGCCAGCCUGUUUUGGAAUGUAUAUAGUCUGCUAUUUUGAGGGAAUAAGUAGUGAGAAAGAUAUACCUGAUCUAUUCAAUGUCACAUCCAGGUACCAACUGAUGGACAAGUUUGAGGAUAUUUAUUUUCGGAUUCAGGACUUGGAGAAGUUUGAACCUGGGCGCAUCCAUCGAAUCCGGGAAAUCACAGCUGAAAACUAUAUUGAUACCCCUAGUGGGAGGAAGUUGAAAGAGGCAGUACAAAAGUUCAAGAACUGGCAGAUGGAGCACCCAGACUGGUUUGAGAGUGAAACCAUCUGCUUGGAUAAUGAUGAAGAGUUGCAGUCCCUAAAUAGAGAGACCCAGGUGGAUUCAUUGCUAAGUGAACCAGGUGGAAUUGUGAAACAUCAGCUGCACCUACAGGAGCCUGACCCUGACUGCUGUUAUGUCAUCAACCUCCACAUGCGUGAAGGUGAAAGCGGAGGCUGUAAACUGCAGCCUCAACUUAAUCCAUGUGGGGAUCCAACUUCUCAGACUGUGGUCCUUCCUAUGGAUGAGGCUCCUCUAGUUCAAGUAGUGGAGCCAGUCUCUUCCAUGGAAGAUAGAAACAUACUUGGUCAUCAUGUGCUGAGUAAUGAGGACUGUAUGGAAGGAGUUCCUCUUCUGGAGACAAGCUUUCCAUUGAGGAAUAAUGUCAUCCUCCAUGAUGACUCUGAAGUUUCAGCAAUAGAUGACCAGAGUCCUGCAAAUCUCUCAGGUGAAUUGAGACACCAUCUGAAUGGACUCAUGUACUCGUUUUAUCAGCAGAGUGUCAUUCCUUCAGAGCCAUCUCUCUGCCAAGAGGAGGCCGAUAAGCAACACCAGUUGGUCUUUGAUGACCAAUGCAAAGACCAAAGACAGUCAGUGCAGUCAGACCAGGGCUACAUCUCUAGAUGUUCUCCUCUGCCUCCUGAUGACCUUGUGGAGGAGGAGGAAGAAGAGGAGGAGGAUCAGGAAAAACAGGUGGUCUUUGAUGAACUCUCUCCAGAGGUCUUGAACAGCCUAAAGAGCCUCCAGCAGCAGCUGUUUUUCCAGGACAUUCAACGGAGCUCUGAUUGGGGGUAUCCAGCUGAGGUGAUGGACAUUGGCCAGUCUUUGGAGGACAGUUAGGCUCUAUCUGGGACCUGCUCCAUUUGAAAUACAUGGAUGGAAGGUGGUAUCAUGCGCAAUGCUGAAACUGCAUUUCCAACCCCAUCCUUGUCCUUGUAUUAUCAAUGACUUUACUGGUGGGAUCUUCCUGUCUACUCCUAGGAGGCAGGAUUGUCCAGCAGACUGGUAACAUUUGCUUCCAAUCUCUGUGGAGAGAAGCAACGAAUGUUAGCCACCCCUGUGAAAGAACAGACGAUAGUUCUGUUCUGUGGGGAAAUGUAUUACAUUGAGUCCUCACUGAUGGAUGGCAGAAAAAUUAUUGUGGCUCAUCUACUUGUGCCUUCAAAGUGCCCUCCAGCUGUACUCCUUCUAUUGCACUGGAUAAAAGCCAUGGACAGGGUUUGGAAAAUAGAUUUAGAUAAUGUGGCAAAAAUUUGUAUUGCUAUUUUAAUACACAUUUUCAAUAUUUUGCUGUAAAUAAAUACUGUGUUAAAGAUGUGUGCCUUAAACUUCAGCUAGUUUAGGGCUGUCUCUACCUGAUA